GAAUGUCUCAAAAAACUUGACAAGAAAAGUAUCAUUCAUCCCAUCCAAGCAAUUAGUCCAGUAAGAAUAGAAUACGCCGUCAGAAAGGCAAAUUGCCAUUAUGCCCGACCCCAUCGACGAUGAUACCUUUCACGUACGAAGUCAAACAAACUUACGAAUAUAACCUCAGCAAAUUCAACAACAAUUUCAAUAGCGCGAGUUUGAUAUGAUAAUGGCAUAAUGGCGUGAGAGCGAUAGCAACCCCCCGGAAACUCCUCGAAAACUCGCAAAAAUACCGACUCAGCAUUGUUUUCCAUAAUUCACCAAUCAAAAAUUUCCAUCAACCUCAUGUCUACUGCACUACCCCUCGUGCCAAAUCAGCAUUGUUCACUCUCCCCAAUCGCUUUUUUCCAUCUCCCGUCAAGCCAGGGCCCAGGAAAUCUCACAAACUCAAUUUUCCGGGCCUUGUUCCGUUCCCAGCACAUGUCAAACAAAAUAUCCUUCCUAUCUUGGAGAUCAACGAGAUAAGCUGGUGCGAUAUCUUCAAAACCAUGUGGCAUUUGUAAACCAACAGACCUUAUUUGAUUAGCAUCCCCAUUUCCCACGGAACAAAGUAUCCACAUACACACUCUCUCACACCUUCUCGAAGCGAGCAGAGAACACACCCUUGCUGGUGUAUGGCGCCUACAUCGAGGAUAGUGUGCGAUGGGUCUCAGCUGAGGAGUCUUACUGGACAUUUCAUAUGUAAUACUCCAUGUACACUGCAAGUGUGCGGCGGGGAAGUGUCUGAAACGAUCAAGGAACCCAUGAAAAUGCAGCAAGCACAAGGGAAUGUUCUACGAGACUCGAUGCAGCAGGCCGGGAUUCCCGGGUUAUCUGGGAGAUGUCAACGUUGAAGCAGCAUCUUUACGAUAACAGAAGCCAGCCGGUAAUUGUUGAUCUCAGAUCAUCAUCAUCGCUCACACCACCCACGAGCUUCGCAAUCGUUCCCCGUCCCCGAAGGUAGGAUGCGAGGAUUCGGUACAGGCCGGAAGGUGGUCUUGGUGGCUUAUCUAUUUCCCCUCUGUCCUAUCAGUUGCAACGGCGCUUCCACUACACAAUCUCAGGGCAACACAGCCAAUCUGGAGAAUCAAUCAUAUCAUCGUGCUUGUGCAUCUAUCUACAACAAUCUUCCUCUCUCCUGACGAAAUACACAGCCAGUAUGUAAGGUUCCUGUUGUGUUGGUUUGAUCGACAGAAGGUGGGGAUCAAAAGGCCCCGGUGGGUGGUAGGUGGGCCAAGCCAUGAGGUUUCUUAAAAUAGUUUUAUACCUCUGCAAACUUGCAAACCCCUUGAACGGCGCUUCAAUCGCGAUUGGCAUUCGAAGGCAAUCUCUCGAGUCGCCAACAAGCUGGAAGGUUAAUUCUCGACUCGAGAGUCGGCGGAGAUAGCCUGAUCAUGGGGGAAUUUCCUUCCGACCCGCAUAAAUCAGAUAGUUGUGGGCAAGCCAUGGCCGGCAAUGGCUACAGGAAGGAGCCUAUGAUGCUGUCGCCAUACUUCAAUCAAAAAAUGGUUAGCUCUUGAAUUUUAUUUUCCUCGGCAGAGCAAAGAAAUUGUCCAAGAGCGAAGAGCUCAAGACCAACGACAUGUAAUGUACACUCUAGUCGUGUGGUCGCGCUUUCUUCACACAUUGUUUUGGCGUAAACAAAAACUGGCAAGCACGAUGUGGGAUAGCAGUAACUUAGUGACCUGGCAAUGUUGGAAACAUCGUCUUCACAUCCUCUCAACCCUAAGAAACUUCUCAGCACAUUCAUAAUCUCUAGGAUUGUUUCAUACACUGAAAAGCUGCAAGUGAGAAGAUGGCAUCCCCGCCCGGCAUAGGUCGUCCCUACGUUGAAAGCGGAUUCAGGGGUAUUAUCGCAUCGCCUUACGUUGCUGGGGCUGCUGUGUUGAGUACGGUUGGCGGACUUCUAUUCGGGUAUGACCAAGGCGUAGUCUCAGUCGUUCUUGUCAUGGAAAGCUUCGUUUUCGAUUUUCCUCGUAUAGGCCCCAAUUCUAGGGGCUUUUGGAAAGGCAUUUUAACGGCUAUGAUCGAGCUUGGGGCCUUUUUCGGGGCUUUGAAUCAAGGUUGGAUUGCCGACAAAUAUUCGAGAAAGUACUCUAUCAUCAUCGCUGUGGUUGUAUUUAUCGUAGGGAGCGUUCUACAAACUGCGGCAGUCAAUUUCAACAUGCUUGUCGUGGCUAGACUCGUGGGAGGCAUUGGCAUUGGGAUGCUCUCAAUGGUUACGCCCGUAUAUAUUUCGGAAAUUGCUCCGCCGGAAAUUCGUGGGGUAUUACUCGUCAUGGAGGAGCUUUCAAUUGUUGUAGGUAUCGUCGUCGCUUUCUGGAUAACCUUCGGAACAAGAUAUCUAGGUAGCGAGUGGGGCUGGCGCCUUCCUUUUUUUAUACAAAUCGUUCCUGCCUUAUUCUUGGGAGUUGGAGCGUAUUUACUUCCAUUUUCGCCAAGAUGGCUUUCAUCUAAAGGUCGCGACGAGGAGGCUCUGAAAGCUUUAACAAAGUUGAGACAAUUACCCGAUACCGAUUUAAGGAUCCAGGAAGAAGCACGUCAGAUACGCGACGAAGUGUCGCAUAUUCGAGAGAUACACCUACAAAAACACGAAAAGCUUAUGAACUCACCAAUGAAGUUCGAACUAGCUUUGUGGGGAGAUUGCUUUGCAUCUGAUUCUAUCAAGCGUACGCACGUUGGCAUACUUAUCAUGUUCUUUCAACAAUUCGUCGGUAUAAAUGCCCUGAUUUACUAUUCUCCUACUCUGUUUGCUAGAAUGGGCUUGGGGUCAGAGAUGCAGCUUAUUAUGUCGGGCGUUCUAAAUAUUUGCCAGCUCGUUGGUGUAGGCUCUAGUCUCUUUACAAUGGAUCGGUAUGGAAGGAGGCCCUUACUUCUUAUAGGCUCAUUUUUCAUGACUAUUAGCCAUGUUAUGAUAGCUGUCAUGGUCUGUAUGUUCUCUUAUGACUGGCAUUCUCACCAAGCAGCUGCCUGGGUUAGCGUGGCAUUUCUUCUCUUCUAUAUGCUAGUUUUUGGAGCAUCCUGGGGCCCUGUUCCUUGGGCAUUGCCAUCAGAGAUCUUCCGAAGCGAUCUUCGUGCAAAAGGCGUCGCUCUCAGCACCUGCUCUAACUGGCUGAACAAUUUUAUCAUUGGUCUGAUCACUCCACCGCUAGUCGCAUACACCAAUUGGGGAGCAUACGUUUUCUUUGCUGUUUUUUGUGCGCUAUCUGGUGUGUGGACAUGGCUUUACGUGCCAGAAACAAAGGGGUGCAAGCUGGAGGAUAUGGAUGUUCUCUUCGAUUGAUUGAAUGUCCGAAUUUAAAUCAAACAAUGGGGAGGGUGCUAAACUGCUGGGCUGGGCAAAUGAAAGUGUGGCUUGGAAAUAGCUUUAGAAUUCGAACACUCCUAAGAUAUUAAUCCUAUGACAAUCAAUCAUUAACUCAACUUGCCA